AUGGCUUCCGAGCAAAUAACUGCUGCUCUUGACAUUCAAUCCAAAAGUGAAAUGAAUUUAGACGAAGACUCUGAUUAUGAAGAAACAUCAAAAUCUUCAACGAAUACAAAAAAUGAUAAAACGAGGAAAAUAAGAAUAACUCACAGUGAAGUUGAACGUCGUCGACGAGAAAAAAUGAAUCAUUAUAUCGAUGAAAUAGCUCAAUUACUUCCAAUAGAUUUAGUUAAAAAACUCGACAAACUAACUGUCUUACGAGUAGCUGUUGAUACAAUAAAACAUUUGAAAGGUACCUCUUCGAAAGUUUCAUCACGUGGUUUUGGUAAACAAAUAUACCUAAGUGAUAAUGAACUAUUAGAAUUAGUAUUAGCGACAAUAGGCCAAUUAGCAUCAUACUUUUUUCUAAUUAUUGAAUGUCAAAAAGGUCGAAUUUGUUUUGCAUCAAGUUCAACUGAAACAAUACUUGGAUAUAAACCAAAUGAAUUAUAUCUACAAUCGAUCAUGGAUAUUGUUUGUCCAGAUGAUAUUGAAACAGUAAAACAACAAUUAAUGAGUGAAAAAAAGACAUCAUCAUCAUCAUUAUCAUCAUCAUCAUCAUCGUCAUCAACAGCAACAACUAGCAGUGAAGAUUCAACAGCUGAUUCAAAAUGUAUUCCUCUAUUAUCAGCAAUAGAAAGUUGUUUAGAAGUAGGUAACCGACGCACAUUUUCCUGUCGUGUGAAAUCAAAAGCGACACGAUCAAAUAAAACAAGGACAACGGCUAACCAAACAGAUAAUUAUAUUGCAAUUGAUUUUGUGGGUUAUAUAAAACAAUAUUCGUUAACUAAUGAAAACCAAAAUGAAGUUAAAACUCGCUCGGAUCGUCGGCAAUCAAGUUUUAAUGCAUUAGCACCUGCUGAUGUUCUGCAUGCAAUUGGAGCAGCGCCCGUUUCAUGUCUUAUUACGAUGGGCAAUCUAUGUAGACGUAUUGAUAAAACCAAUCAAAUUGGUGAAAAUAUAAAUAUGACUGAUAGAAUGUUUUUAUGCAAAUUAAAUCCUGGUGGACAAUUUACAUAUUUCGAUCAAAUAUGUUAUUCUCUAUUGGGUUAUUUAUCGCAAGAUCUCCUUGGUAUGAAUCUAACAGAUUUUAUACAUGAAGAAGAUCGAAAUAAAAUCAAUGACACAUGGAAUAGAGUAUGUCGUGAUCGUCAAAUAGUAACCAGUGGUAAUUAUCGUUUUCGUACGCAAGAUAAUUCAUAUAUUGUUCUGCAAACAAUAUUUGAACCAUUUAUAAAUCCUUGGAACAAUGAAAUUGAAAUAAUUGUUGCAAGAAAUAAAACGAAAACGAAACCUGUUCGAACGACUGUGCCUUGUAGCAAAAAAAGUGACAAUCCGUCAAGUGUCGGUAUGGAUACAUCGUCGACAUUAGACUCAAAUGAACUUAUUCAUCAAUUAUUCCCAUAA